AUGGAGGAAAUGUGCCUAAUAAUUAAGGAAGUGGGAGUUCAAGGCCGAGAUGGGAAGAUUAGAGUGACUUUUGGGAGGUUGUUUGACCGAUAUGUGCGCAUCUCGGACAAAGUGGUUGGCAUCCUCCUGAGAGCUCGAAAACACGGAUACCUGGACUUUGAAGGAGAGAUGCUGUGGCAGGGAGUCCAUGACAAUGUCAUUAUAACUCUACUUGAAUAA